GCCCUGCGCCCACGGGGGCCUGGGUCGCGCCCUCGGGCGUCCUCCCCGGGCCCUGCUCCGGGACCGUUGGAAGCCGCCGGGAGCGCUGCUCAGACGCCCACCUCUCUUCACGCAGGACACAGAACCCGAAGAUCUUUUGAUCUGACCAAAAUAUUAACCGCCUUGCAGUAGAACCCCCGGGUGUGUUGCUCGUUUGCCCUUCUAGAUCUUCCAUUCCCGGAGGGCAGGAUCUGAAUUUGAUUCAGGUAUGCUUCUUACUAACUAAGCAACACAAUGGAUAACACAGCAAAAGCAAAUAAAAAGGAUGUUCAAGAUGGGCCACACAAAGAAGUCAAAUUGCCUACUAGUGAAGCACUUCUAGAAUACCACUGUCAAAUAAAGGAAAAUGCAGUAGAACGAUAUAUGGCUCAAAUAAAGAGACUUAGAGAAAAGAACCAAAAAUAUCAUGAAAGAAACAAACGCUUGAAGGAUGAGCAGACUUGGCACAUACAGAACCUUCUAAAGGAGCUGAGUGAAGAGAAGUCAGAGGGGUUACCAGUUGUCACAAGAGAAGAUGUUGAAAAAGCAAUGAAGGAAAAAUGGAAGUUUGAGAGAGACCAGGAAGAAAACUUGAAAGAUAUGCGCAUGCAAAUAACUAAUGCUGAGAAGCUAUUUCUUGAGAAACUCAGUGAAAAGGAAUACUGGGAAGAAUAUAAGAAUGUAGGGAGUGGACAACAUGCUAAACUCAUUACCUCCUUGCAGAAUGACAUCAAUAGAGUUAAGGAAAAUGCAGAGAAAAUGUCAGAACACUAUAAAGUCACUCUGGAAGAUGCUAGAAAGAGAAUAACCAGAAAAACUUUGUUGCAACUGGAUCAAAAGAAGGAAUGGGCCACACAGAAUGCCAUACAGUUCAUUGACAAGGGCAGCUACCGAGAGAUCUGGGAGAAUGACUGGCUGAAAAGAGAGAUUGCAAAUCACAGAAAGGAAGUUGAAGAACUGGAAAGUACUAUUCAUGAAUUGGAAGAAGAAAAUUUGGUGCUUAUUGAUCAACUAUUCAACUGUAGACUUGUGGAUCUCAAAAUACCCAGGCAACUCUAUCUUACUCAAGCUGCUGGACUGGAAGCACCACAUAAAGUGCCUCUGGAGUUGCCAGAAAUACAUGAAGAAGAGUCAAAAUUACAACCCGUAGAAGUUAAAAGUACAGACAUCAUGAGCUCAUCAUCUGAGAGCAGUGCUUUAUAUCUCUGUCAUGAGGAUAGUAUCAGAUAUGUCAAGCACCUGAAGAUAGAUGAAGAAGACAACUCAUGUAUGGAAUUUGGGGCCUCUGAUAUGAAAUACUUACUAUAUGAGGAUGAACAGGAUUUCAAGGAUUAUGUAAACCUGGGUCCCCUGCAAGUGAAGCUCAUGAGUGUGGCGAGCAAGAAAAUGCCAAUUCAUUUUCAAGAAAAAGAAAUUCCAGUCAAAUGCUAUGAAGAUACCAGGAGCCCAGAAAGCCGCAUCACAUACAAAAUGAUGAAGUCUUUUCUCUAAGACCAAAAGCUGCAAAGUAAAAAUAACUUUUCCUUAUAAAUUUUCAUUGGGAACUGAAGUGUAUUACUUGCCCAUUUUACCUACACUUUGGUCCAUUUUUAAACCAGUUGUUAUUUCUAAAGGUCAUAAUGACAUUUAAAAUCAAAGUUCCAAGUA